CUGACAGCUGGAGAAGAGUUACAAUAAAUGGAUGAUGAAUGAGCUUCGCAGGCACCAUAAUUCUCUCCAUGUCUCCUUCGCCUCUCUCUGCUUUUCCUACAAGGACCGGCACAAAUCCCUUCUGCACCAAACAAGCUUGCAGGUGGGUUGGAAAUGUGAAGCAGCAGUUCCGGCCAUCAUAGUAUUUGGAGACUCGUCGGUAGAUUCAGGCAACAACAACUUCAUACCAACAAUUGCCAAGUGUAAUUUCAAGCCAUACGGACGUGACUUCCCCGGCGGAUUCCCCACCGGUCGCUUCUCUAAUGGCCGUCUUUCUCCAGACUUCAUCUCCCAGGGUUUUGGCCUCAACCCCAUUGUCCCUGCCUAUUUGGAUCCUUCGUAUAACAUCUCUCACUUUGCUUCUGGUGUUUGCUUUGCCUCUGCUGCCACUGGUUUCGACAACGUUACCUCUGAUGUCCUCGGAGUUAUUCCUAUGUGGAAGCAAGUGGAGUACUACAAAGAAUACCAGAGCAAGUUAAGAGCUUAUGCGGGCGACAUAAAAGGAAACCAGAUAGUAAGUGAAGGUUUGUAUAUAGUGAGUGUGGGAACAAAUGAUUUCCUAGAAAACUACUUCGCCAUGUCCAACAGACGUUCUCAGUUCACCACUGAAGCCUACCAGGACUUUCUCAUUCUACUUGCCAGAAACUUCCUUAACCAACUCUAUCUGCUUGGAGCUCGAAAGAUCUCCCUCACCGGUCUCCCUCCCAUGGGGUGUCUGCCAAUGGAGAGGGCUACAAACUUCAACAAUCCUUUUCACUGUGUCCAAGAAUACAAUCUUGUUGCUUUGGAGUUUAAUGCCAAGUUGAGUGGUAUGGUUUAUAGGAUGAACAAGGAGCUUCCUGGAAUCACCAUACACUUUUCAAAUCCAUAUGACAUUCUUUUGCAGCUUAUAAUCAAGCCCUCUUUCUAUGGGUUUCAAGUGGCAGAGGUGGGUUGCUGUGGGUCAGGAACAUUUGAGAUGGGUUUUCUAUGCAAUCCCCGCCACCCGUUUACCUGCACAGAUGCAAAUAAGUAUGUCUUCUGGGAUGCCAUCCAUCCAACCGAGAAGACUAACAAAAUCAUCUCAGACUCUUUACUUCAACAGCUAAAGCCACUAUUUGGUUGAUCUAAUCCAUGUUUGUGAUCUAGCGGUACGUAGUAAUUAAAAUCAAAUUUGCUAAACCGACAGACUUUAGUCUAAUAGUUGUCUUUACUCUCUUUUGUAGUAGAGAAUCACUUUCAAACAAGUUCUCUGCAUAUUACACUGUAUUAAAAAAAAAUUCAAUUGAUCUGCAAAAUAUCUACCAACCAUCAUUAAUAAUAGUCAAGCUCUGUUUUAUUAA